ACCGCGUUGCCAAGGAGAGCGCAAACCGCGGCUAACGGCUAACGGCUAACGUCAGUUAUCGUUUGUCUUAUAACUUAUGAAAUGGAGACACCUGGAAACACUGCUGUAGAAAUAACCGUCGUCUGUGGAAAUAACCUGCUUGGAAAAAAGUCAGAAAGCUUCCAGAGUUUUCUGCAAGUUGAAUUGGAUGGAGCUCUGCUGGGAGAAUCAGACAAGAAGCAGUCCGACCCUGUGGAGCAGCAUGUUGACUACGACUUUACCUGCAGUUUACAAUACCCCAAUGACGCUCAGACUCUCAGUGACAUAGCUCAUAAACCGAUCAUAUUGACGGUGAUAGAGGUCCUGUCUGAGGAGAAAAAAGCUGAGACGAAGAAAGCUGAGGUGAAGACAUCAGUGCUGGGCCAAGCUGUGCUCGACUUACUGCCGCUGCUACAAGGUCAGUGCAGCUUUUCAUCCACAGUCCCGCUGAACCCAGUGACCAGCUCCUCAACCAAAGAGUUCCAGGACAAGGGCAGCCGGAAUGUGGAGACAGCGGUUAGGGCCAGACAGAAGUCAGUGAUCAGCAUUUUAAGGAGUAAGCAGCCGACCCUGGAUGUGUGUGUCAGUGUGUCGGAUCCAGUGCUGUCUGAGGCUGAACUCUCAGCCUCCAACCUGCUGAAGGUAACUGUGGAGACAGCCUACUCCAUCCCUGAGGUAUGGAUGCAUUCUGCCCCUGGCUCCUCUACAUACACUGCUGCCCUGAAGGUCCCACUUACUGCAGAGAAAGAUCAGGUGCUGGUGUUCUGUGAAGGGCAGCUGAAGGCUGGAGGGCAGAGGGAGGAAAAUGGCCGACAGAGAAAGAGGCCACAUCGGGCCACGCUGGUCCCGGGGAACCAUUUCUUCCUGCCUGAUACCUUUUUCCACGCGGAGCCCAUCGAACAGGAGGACGGAGAGCUGACUGGCUUAGAGGACCUGGAGUUUCGCAAUGAGGCAGAAACCAUGAAGAACAGGGUGAGCUGGGAUACAGAGAUGCGCUGCUUCCUUGAAGCAGGAGGAACUACAAGGCUGCGGCAGAAGAUCACUGAGAGCAGACUCUGGCCGGUGGAGAUAAUGAGGUCGGUGGCUCCACUGACAAAGGCAGCAGAAACCAAGAUGUUGGCUGAGGAGAUCCCAGAUAUCCCCUUUCAUGGUGUGGUGUUUGUGGACAUGGGGAGGCUGCUGUAUCCUGGAGUCAGUCGCAUCCGGGGAGCAUACAGUGUUCAACCCUUCUCUGAGGAUGAGUUGCUGAAAAAGGCCAAGCAGAGUGUCAGUGUGUUAAAGGAGCAUGCCAAGGCUGCAGCCAUCCUGGCCAAAGCCCGUGCUGCCUCAGCUGCAGGCUCUCACAGGGGUAAAGCAGGCAAGGACGGAGGCAACAAGGGCCAAACCAAAGAGGCAGCCAAAAAGCAGCCUGGCAGUCAUAGCAGGAUUAGUGUAACUGGCAGCCCGACCGAAACUGAGCCGCUGCAUGUCAAUCUGGAGGGAAAUAUGUAUCUGGAGGCUAGAACUUAUAUUAUCAUUGAGAUAUCCUUGGAGAAACCUCUAGUGCCCAAAACAUCUCCAGAAGAGCUGGCCAGAAGGGUGAGGGAGUUGAUCCCACCCAGACCUCCACUUCCAGCGGGUCCUAGCCGAGCAGAAAGAGCAGUGCUGGACUUCCACAGGCAAGUAGGCAAUGUGGUGACCCAUGUUUCGGAGCAGUAUAAGGAGUUAUUUGGAACCAGAUGCAAGCCGUCGAAAGACUUCAGCCUUGAGCAAAUGAAGGUUCAGCUGAUGGGAACGCUCAAUGUCACGCCGAGAUACUUCGCCUUCAAGGAACAGAUGAAGCAUGCUGUGGUGAGGAUUGUACGUGACACCAUGCAGCGCACAGAGCCGUUCACUGACCCUCAGGAGCUAAAGGUUUUCGUCAGCAAGCUCUAUGUCUACCUGGUGGACGAGAUGCACAAAGCUCUCAACAAGAUUUAUUCAGAUGACGUCGAUGAUGACUCUCUGGAUGAGAUCCAGUUGAGUUCUUCUCAGCUCAGACAUUUUGCCAGAGAGGCUCAGCUUACGGGGGAUUAUCAGCAGGCUGUUCAGUACUACCAAGAGCUGGUGGUGAGGCACCCCAAUGAGCCCUCCCACAAGUUUGAGUGGGGAAGCCUCUACAUGCUGACCGGAGACUACAUGAAGGCUAAAGAGUGUUUCCACGACGCCGUGUCCGUCCAGCAGGCACACCAACCCAGCCUGAUGAUGUGCGGGGUCUUGGCAGCGAUGUUUGAGCAUUACGAGGAGGCCAAGACCUUCCUGGAGCGAGCCACUGGCGUAGAUCCGCCCAGUGUGGUUGCCUGGACGCUGCUGGGUUUGCUUCAUGAGAGUCAGAAUGAGUCCAUCCUGGCUGAGAGGGCUUUUCUAGAGGCCGGAAGGGAGCUGAGGGCAAAGGAAGCAAAGAAGCAAAUACAGGUGGAGGAGGAGAAGAAAGAUGGGGAGGAGAACAGUGAGAAGGAAAAAGACCAGGAGGAGGAAGAGGAGAUGACCACGCCUGUAUGUCAGGCUGCCACUGUUAAGCAAGACCCAGAGGGUGUAGACCAGGACACAGAGGCACAAGAUGAAUCUCCAGCACAGAAUGUCAGUUCCAGAUCAGCAACUCCGAAACUCUCCUCCAAUAUUUACACAGAGACGGUUCAGUUCCUGCUGCAGAACGCCGCCCUGCAGAUGGCAGAGCAUGCUCUGUCUCAGGAGCUGCUGUGGUCAAACGGUGGUCGCAGUGUCUCCUAUUUGCUUCACCUGGCCCAGUUGCAGAUUCUCAGAGCUGACUAUUGCAGUGCUGAAGCCAGCCUCAAGGAGGCACUGUUUCACAGCAACCAGGAUGCGGGUGCGUGGGCUCUGAAUGGUCACUGUCACUACCUGCUUGGGGCGUUCAGUGAUGCCCGGGAGAGCUACGAGUGGAGCCUGAGAUUCAUACAGCAGCCGUCAGAUACUCAACUCGUCCUGCUCCGUCUGGGAUCUAUCUGCCUCCAGCAGGGGAAGUUUGAGCGAGCCAAAGUUGUCUACCUGCAGGCUUGUGAGCAGUCUCCCUCCUGCCUCACCUGGCUGGGCCUGGGCACUGCCUGUUACCGGCUGGAGGAGCUGUGUCUAGCUGAGGAAGCUUUGACUGAAGCCAACCAUUUGAACAACCAGAAUGCAGAGGUGUGGGCUUACCUGUCUCUGGUCUGCCUCAGGUCUGGCAGACAAGAGGAAGCAGAGCAGUUUUAUAAAUAUGCAACAAGGUACAACCUGCAGAAGGAGUCACUCCUCAAAGAGUUCAGCGAGCUGAAAAAUCAGCAGCGCUUCAGUCAUCUAGAAUCUUGCUUUGGAACGACCCCCGAGGCCGGGGUUUAAAUCAUAUGAGUACAUUUCACACACAAACAUACUUUAUUUUUUUUAAGCAUUUAUUAACAUUUUGUGAAAACAAACACAGCCAGCUCAGAUACACACGAAGGGUCAGAUCAUACCGACAGCUGGGAUCAUAAAAAAGUGAAUGUAGCUAUUUAAGACAAACUCAACAGCAACACAAAUAGUCUCAAAUGUAUAUAAAAUAACUGCAAUAUAAUCUUUUUAAAAAAUGUACAGCAUUAACAAAAGAAAAGAAAAAGAAAGGACAUGUGGUGACUGUUAUCAACAGAAUAUUAAAAAAGAAAUGUAACAGUAACUUGUUGUUCUAAAACUCAGAUUUUGGCACAAUCAUCCCUGAGCUGGAAGGAAAUGUUAUGUGGAAUAUAUUAUACUUUAUAUUUUAUCGGGCUUUAAUUCCUGUCAGAUACAUUGAUAAUUAACAUGUUGCACUGAAUGCAUUUUUU